AAGAUGAAGAACACUGGAAAAUUACAGGGAAAAACACUUUUCAUUACAGGCGCAUCGCGAGGAAUUGGAAAAGCGAUUGCUUUGAAAGCGGCGCGAGAUGGAGCUAAUGUUGUUAUUGCUGCCAAAACAGCUGAGCCUCAUCCAAAACUGCCAGGCACUAUCUAUACGGCCGCAGAGGAAAUCGAAAAGGCUGGCGGCAAAGCUUUGCCCUGUAUUGUUGAUGUUAGGGAUGAGAGACAGGUUCAACUGGCUGUGGAGGCUGCAGUUGCCAAAUUUGGAGGUAUCGAUAUUUUGAUAAACAAUGCGAGCGCCAUUUCAAAAACUGGUACUUUACAAACGGAUAUGAAGCGAUUUGAUCUGAUGCAUAAUAUUAACACAAGGGGAACGUUUAUGGUAUCGAAAGCUUGUUUACCUUAUCUGUUAAAAAGCGAUAAUCCACACAUCUUGAUCUUAUCACCACCUCUUAAUAUGAAGCCCCGUUUGUUUUCCAAUCAUACCGCCUACACCAUAGCUAAAUAUGGCAUGUCCAUGUGUGUGUUGGGUAUGGCUGAGGAGUUCCGAGAUCAGGGAGUAGCUGUAAAUGCCUUAUGGCCUCGUACAACCAUUCAUACGGCCGCAGUUGAUAUGCUUUAUGGUCCGGAAGGUGCUUUAUAUUCUCGUAAACCAGAGAUGAUGGCGGAUGCAGCUUAUGCUAUCAUUUCUCGUGACUCCAGAAAAUAUUCAGGAAACUUCUUUAUUGAUGAUGAGGUUUUGUUGGACGUUGGUAUUAAAGACUUAAGCAACUAUGCUUGUCAUCCAGAAAAUCAGCAAACUUUUAAAUUGGCUAUAUUUAUGGAUGAUCAAGGUGGAUUUGCAAAGCUGUAAGGGAUGUUAUAUUAAUGUUUUACCAGUACAUUUCUUAUAAAUCCAGUCUGAAUUAAAUAUUUCUUAACAUAUUAAAUG